AUGAAAAUCCAAAUAGAGCCGGCGCAAUUCCCCGAAGACGCCGAUUCCAUCCUCUCACUGUUUUCUGGCUAUGCCACAUCUCUCGACAUCGACCUCACCUUUCAAUCCUUUCAAGAGGAACUUGAUUCUCUUCCUGGAAACUAUGCUCCAUCUCAAGGGGGGGCUCUCUUGAUGGCACGGGCAGACACGGGUGUUCGAGAAGAUAAUACGAAUGGACGAGUCGACUCAAUCAUUCCCCCGCAGUUCCCCUCUGCCCUCGGAUGUGUGGCACUCCGGCGCAGCUCUGAUGGCUGGUGCGAGAUGAAGCGCCUGUAUGUUCUCAAGGAAGCUCGUGGAGAACGCCUGGGUGAAAGGCUCGUUCAAGCGAUCCUCGCACAAGCCAGAGAUCUGGGCUACCGCGGGAUGCGCCUAGACACUCUACCUGAAAUGACAGCGGCCCAGAGUCUAUAUCGGAAAUACGGGUUUGUGGAUAUUGCACCGUACUAUGACACUCCAAUACAAAGGACUGUUUUCAUGGGUUGUGAGUUUUUAUGA